CAUUCAUCCCCUUCGCGCUUUGACUUGGCAGCGGCAGCGUAAUGCCCCUCAAGAAUCUCCUCAAGGAACGCUUUCGGAGCGCUAUUCAGUCCAUUCCACCAGGGCAGUGGAAGGCGCUAGUCACAGAUGCCCACUCACAGGCGCUAAUCGACUCGGUUUACACCAGCUACGACAUCCUCCAGCAGAAUGUGACAUCCGUAGAGCCACUACACUCGGCGCGGCAGCCCAUGUCCGUUGAUGGGCUGUAUAUCCUCACGCCCACCGCGCAGAAUGUGCAGCGUGUCAUCGCGGAUUUUGCCAACGGGCGCAGGACGUACAAGUCGGCGCACUUGUAUUUCAUUGACGGCAUCGACGAUCGGCUUGCGACAAAGCUCACAGAUACACUACACCCCAUGGGAGUGCUCAAGGCGUUUGUCGAGCUGUACUGCAAUGUCGAGCCAACCGAGGACCGUGUCUUCUCCAUGAAGACACCGUCAGCAUUCUUCUCGUUCUAUGGACAGUUGGGAGGACAGAUCUCGGCUGACUUCGCCAUGGAGGCGUUCCAAGAUGAUCUAGCCGUCACCAGUCGAACAAUCCUUAGCACACUCGCCACGCUCAACGAGAACCCCUACAUUCGCUACUACCAGCCCCAUCACCACGCACCACUGGGCCCGCUGUCAGAGCGUGGUGUCCAGUCCUCUCGCGCUCCCCCACCAGAACCAGACCAGAACCCAUCCAGCUUGCGGUGGCGCUCUGCUCUCGGAUCGAGAUCAUCACACAAGCCGCCAGUGGGCGACUACCUGAGCAAGAAGAUCGCCGUGCAGGUGCAGAGCGAUUUGGACGAGUACAUGACCAACAACCCCGAGUUCCCAGCGCCAUCUGAACGGCCGCGCGGCGUCUUGUUCAUCGUAGACCGCACGAUGGACCCAGCAGCACCACUCCUCCAUGAGUUCUGGUACCAGGCCAUGGUCAACGACCUGCUCAAGGUCGAGGACGGCACGCGGUACAAGUACAAGUACGAGAAUACGGUUGGCGCGAAGGAGACACGUGUGGCCAUUCUCGACGACAACGACGAGGUCUGGGUGUCGAUUCGCCAUCUGCACAUGAAGGACGCGAUUGACCGGCUCAUGACCGACUUUGGGCGGUUCGCACAGGAACACGCUGGCUUCAGAGGCAACGCCAACAACGUGCAGAUCAAUGACUUGAAAGACAUGCUUGCGAGUCUGCCUCAGUUCCAGCAGCAGCGAGACCAAUACUCGUUGCAUCUGGACAUGGCACAGGAGUGCAUGAACCUGUUCGAGCAAAACAAGCUCAACCUGACAGCCCAUGUUGAGCAGUGCUGCGCGACCGGGUUCACACCAGAGGGCAAGACGCCCAAGACGAUUGUCGAGGAGAUGGUGCCAUUACUGGACGACCGGGCAAUAAGCCAGCUGGACAAGGUGCGCAUCAUCGCCUUGUACAUCAUCUUCCGCGAGGGCGUCGCCGACGAGGACCGCCGGCGCUUGUACCAGCACGCGCGGCUGUCGAUCACGGAGCAGGACAUGAUUAACAACCUUGUGCACCUGGGUAUUAAAGUGGUGAAGGACAAGGAGAACCGUUUCCGAGGAGGACGUAUUCGCAACAAGUACUCGCCCAAGGACGACCAGUACGACCUGUCGCGCUACAAGCCCGUGGUGCAGAUCAUGGCCGAGGACCAGGCAAUCAACCGACUGGACCAGUCUGCGUUCCCCUACCUGCGCGACGCACCACAGGACUUGGCGCCCUCUGGGUCUCUGCGCGCGAGCCAGCCAGCAGCGCCCGUGAGCGCGGGCAACUCGCUCCGUUCCGCCCGUCCAACAUGGCACAAGGCGACGUCGGCGCGCCAGACGACCGACCACCAGCAGCGAUACAUUAUCUUUGUCGCGGGCGGUGUGACCUACUCGGAGAUCCGGCAAGCAUACACGCUCUCCGCCGCACUCGGCAAGGACAUCAUCAUCGGCUCGACACACAUCAUCACCCCCGAGAGCUACCUGAAGGACGUGCGGUCUCUCGGCCGCGGCGGCAUCGGUGGCAACCCACCAUGCGGGAUGCCGCAGCACGCGAAUGCGCCUGGAAGGCCCGACUGGCGCAACCCCUCCGAGCCGAUGCCGUACCAAGCCAUCUUGGACCAGCGGUACUGGGAGCCCGAAGUGGGCCCGCCUCCCAUGGCGCCGCCACCGCAGGCUGCGCCGCAGAAGCAGGGCGCGCUUAACGACGCGACGCGCGCAUUCUCGGACAUGAGUGUGUCGUCGCAGGCGUCCAAGAACUCGAAGCCAAAGGACGAGAAGGAGAAGAAGAAGCGCAACUUGUUCAAAAUGAAGUGGGACAAGUAGUCGUCGGUGUGCAUAUGCAUGGGAUAUUGGCUG